CCCAAUGGGCCAGGGUUAAUGCCAAUAUAGCUCAAGAUGGCGGAGGAAGGUCAGGUUGCCAAGCUGGAAAGGCACCUGAGCUUGUUACGUCAAGAGUAUGUCAAGCUUCAAAACAAACAUAUUGAGCUGGAGCAGAAGUACAGUGUAGCAGUAGCCACUUCAGGACAGAGUGGAGAACAUGAGAACACAUUUGUUAGCAGGCUGUUGAAAACUGUUGCAGAACUAUUUGAUAAAGACUUGUACAGUGAUAUAACAGUGUGUUUUGCGGAUCAGAAGAUAAAAGCCCACAAGUUUGUAUUAGCAGCACGUGGGGAUCACUGGAGCAACAGAGAUCUGAAUGAAAUUAAUCAACUUGAAUUAGCAGAUAUCAGCUCAGCAGUUGGUUUGACAUUAAUGAAAUGGGUGUACACUGAUAAGGCAGAAAUCCCCCAUGAUGAAGCAUUUCUCAUUGAGCUGGUUAAAGCAGCAACGAAGUAUAGACUUAAAGAAUUAAAGGAAAGGUGCGAGAAAAUGUUAAUGUCUUCAGUGUCAGUUUCAAACUGUAUAAAGUUUUACCAGACUGCUGAAGAUAUUGGUGCUAAAGAAUUGCAGAAGUAUUGUGCAGAAAUUAUCUCUAAUCACUGGCAUGACCUUAAGACAGAGGAUUUCAGCAGCAUGAGUGCACCAUUAUUGUAUGAAAUGUUCAAGUCAAAGUCUGGCUUUCCUCUUCACCUGGCAGUUAGGCAUCACAGGGAAGAUGUUGUCUUUCUGUUCCUGAUUGAGUUUAACCCACAGUUACCUGGUAAACUGAAUGAGCUGGAACCGUCUAGUGGUCAAGUUCCUCUUCACAUUGCACUCACAGAGAAACAGGAAAGCAUUGCUAGGACUCUUGUUGGUCAUGGCUGUGAUGUGAACAUGGCAGAUAUCAAUGGGCAGUGUUUGUUACACAAGGCCAUAAACCAAGGUGAUGAAUUUUCUGCAACGUUUUUGAUCAAGAAUGGAGCAAGAGUCAGUGCUGCAACACACAGUGAACAUGUGACCCCAUUACAUCUGACUGCUUCUUACAAACCUUGGUCAGCUUCUUCAACUCCUGUAGGAGCAACCAAUUCAACAUCAAUGACAUCAGCUCAGGGAAUGGCAAGGAUUGCAUCCUUGCUUUUGGAGAAUUCUGCAAAUGUUGAUGCCCAGGACAGUGCAGGAAGGACUUCACUACACAGAGCUAUAGAGGCUCAGAAUGAUGCUGUUCUUAGCAUUCUACUUCAAAAGGCCAAACUCAAUCUGGAGCUGCGUGACAAUGAAGGGCGUGUCCCAUUGUGGCUGGCAUUGUCACGUGACACGCAAGUGGAUCCAAUGGACGAAGACAGUUUGGCAGCUAAGCUUGUAAAACAUGGAGCUAGUGCAGAUGCCAUCAACAAUAUUACAGGCGACUCAUUACUUCAUAUGGCGGCUGCUUCUGGCCGUGAAGAGGCUGGUUUGUUUUUAGCGUCGCACGGAGCUCAAGCAAACCACACCAACAAACAUGGCGAGAUGCCUCUUCACGUCGCGGCAAGGAAGGGCUUGGCCAAACUCGUGUCUGAACUUCUUAACAACGGAGCGAACCCGAACGCUCAAACCACAGAAACGGAAGAAAUGAAAGUCAAAGCUACAGAAAGAGCUCGAGCGAGAGAGACAGCUAAAAAACAAGCCAGACAAAAGGCCAGAGAGAAAUUUGUGGAAAUGGAAACAGCGAAAGCUGCCGAGAAAGCGAAAGAAGCUGAGCGGCAGAAGAAAUCACAAAAGCUACCAUCAUCACAAUUAAAAUCUGUACCAGCUGUACCUUCCAUAUCGGCAAACAAGUUGAACUCUUUCGAGCAGGAUCUGGGACACAGCACAAAUCCUUUUGAUGAAAGCGAUCAGUUCUCAUUCGGGUCUGAGGAUGCAACCAAUCCUUUUCUGGACGAUAUCAGAGCCGCAUCAGCGGCUGCCUCCGCCCUGUCUUACGGUGGUAAUCCUUUUGAGGAGCCUCCUGAAGAAACUACCCCGGUACCAGAUCCCUCUCCUAGUGCAGCCAGCACAGACGUAGCAGCCGCUGACUCUAACGCAGCUCAGACUCCAACAGAAGAAAUGAUCGACAAGCUGGUAGAUGACUUCCAGUUGUACCAGGAUCCUUACCUGCAAGCUGUCAUAAUAGACUGUCACGGAAGGACUCCAUUGCACGUUGCUGUGGCUGAAAAACAUGAAGAUGUUGUAAAUUGUUUUCUUGACUUUCAAGGCAGUUUAGGCAGAGGUGGCCGUCUUCCCAUUGUACCGGAUUUUAACUUGUCAGACAGUGAGGAUCAGACUCCCCUGGAGUUAGCUCUGUGUACAGGUCAGAUGUCGGUAGCCAGUAGGCUGCUGGAGGCUGGUGCCAGUAUUGAGGUCCAGACCACCAAAGGUCUGACUCUGCUGCAUAAGGCUGUGAGGAGGGGAGAUAACGCUAGUGCUUUGUUUCUAUUAGAGCACGGGGCUGACAUUAAUAACAAGACGAAGGAGAAUAAGACAGCUCUUCAGUUAGCCAUCCAGUGCCAUUUGCAGCCGGUAGUAGACGCUCUAUGUAAGAAGGGUGCUGAUUUAAACAGCUGCGAUGAAAAGAACAAUUGUCCUCUAUGGGUGGCGCUUAAGAGUGGACAGCAAGAUAUCGCGUCUACACUUGUAUUGUAUGGCUGCGACACCGACGCUUGGAAUCUGGGCCGUAAUGGUUGUACCCAAUCACUUCUUCAUCGUGCCAUCGAUGACCGAGACGAACCAUCCGCAUGUUUCCUUAUUAGAAGCGGCUGUGAUAUCAACAGUCCUCGACGACCUGGUCCUGACGGUGAGGGUGGUAUAGAAGCCUGGGAUGGAAUGUCGCCUCUUCACUUGGCUUGUGAGGCUGGUUUGGAUAACGUGGUACAAACAUUAGUGGAGCAUAAAGUCAACGUUAAUAGCAAGGAUUCAGAGAGUCGCAGUCCGAUCCAUAUCGCCAUCACCAGCAAACAUCCCAUCGUUACCAGGUUACUGCUCAGUCAUCCAGAACUUAAUAUGAACGUCACUGACCGAUCAGGACAAACGCCAUUUGCUGUUGCCCUAAGGACACGUGAUCAUGAGGCUGCAGGAGCGAUACUGGCACGAGAACCAGGUGCCGCUGAACAGUUCGACUCCAAGGGACGCAACUUCUUGCACUUAGCCAUUCAGAAUGUCGACGUGGAGACUGUGUUGUUUCUGAUCGGUGUGUCGGCUAAUGUCAACUCUAGAAUCCAGGACUCCUCCCACAGAACACCGUUGCACUUGGCUGUCAGCGCGGGGUCGGAAAUAAUUGUUAGACACUUGCUUCUUGCCGGUAGCAGAGUUAAUGAUGUGGACAAACAUCGUCAAACAGGAUUGCACAUUGCCGCUGCAAAUAACCGUGCUUCCAUUAUCAGUGUUCUGUUAGAAAACGGUGUUGAUCCAGAUGCUACGGACGAGAAAGGAAAUAAUGCUUUACAUGUAGCAGUACAGUGUGGUCACGUGGAAGCUGUACGUGUGUUACUCACUGAGUCAUCCAUCAAUGCAGAAGCUUACAAUGCUCGUGGCCAGAACCCAUUGCACAUUUUAGCGCAGUACGCCAAAGAUAACGCAGUGGCCAUAUUUGAGCUUUUCCGCCAAUCAAUGCCAGACUAUCCCAUUAAUGCUCUGGACGCGGAUGAAAAUAUAGCGUUGUUUCUUGCUUACACCAAUGGCGCGGCUCGAUUAUGUCGUGAGCUGCUGAGGGCAGGUGGAAGCCUGGCAACCAUUAACAAACAUGGGGUAUCGAUAUUUAAUGCGCAAGUACCAACGAAGAAGCUUCUAUAUACGUUACUUGAUAUGCUGAACGCCGAGCCACAGUGGAUUGACGGACCAGUGUGUCACGAAUGUUCAAUCAAAUUCUCCGUCAAAACUAGAAAACAUCAUUGUCGCCACUGUGGCCGCCUUUUAUGUGCCAAAUGUUCGUCCAAACAGAUACCCAUCAUAAAGUACGAAUUGACCAAGCCUGUGAGAGUUUGCAAUGUUUGCUUCGAAAUGCUGACCUCUGGAGUAAGCUAGUACAUUACUACCUCGAAAACUUAAACGUAUCGCCUUUGCAAGUCAAUAACAUUAUGCGGGUGGCACAUGCAUGACCGUAGAAACGGAGAGCGCUGUCUAGAAACGUGGAUUUUUUUUGUUUUUGGAAUUUAGUUAACGUAAAAAAAUCAGCCAACUGAUCAAGUAAGUGCUUUUUUCCUACUGGGAUACCGUAUUUUACACCAUUUUUUAAUUCGCUCCUUUACAAUCAGUAUGGAUGAUAAAAAGGGACAAGUUCCCCCUAAUUUGGUGUUUGGCAGUAUGUUCUUCAGAUGUUUUUGUUUCCUCUUCCUUGAACUUGAUGUUUACUUAGCGAGUAACUUGUCCAGUUAAGGCACCUAUUCAAACAAUGUGUUACGUUGUAUUACUUUGUUUUCUGCGCUGUGGCUAAUUUUGCUUUCGUUCCUUAAAAUAUCUGAAUCUCCACAAGCAUCAUGUUUUCAAAGGUGAGGAAUUCAUGUUUUAGUUCACCAGAAUCUUCAAAGUGAUGACUGAGUAAUAAAAUAUCGGGAAAACCCUAACUUGUGACAAACGUGGUGCACAAUGUAUGAAAUGGUUCAUGCCUGAAAUCGUUUCUGAUGCGUUUUCCGUUUCUAAAGUGGCCUGUGCAUGGCUUGCUCUGACUGAAGAAAACAUAAACGUCGCAUUCGGCUCGCCCCUAUAGCCAUCGAUUGCACUCAGUUUGGUGAGUACUUCAAGCAGGAGUCGUUUUGCGGCAUGUCAGUGUUCAACGCGUCAAAGCCAUUUUGUCCUGUCACUUUAUAGUAGCUUCCUUCGCGACGUGAAGUUUCGUUCAAGAAGGAAUUUCUACAUAUACGUAGUUGUUAGUUUUUUGAGCAAGAAGAACAACUAAGGGUACAAGUCCAAAGAGAACAAAGAUGAAUGACGAUGAAGAAGAUGGCAGUCCAUUAUAAAUGAAGAAAUUGAAAAUUUUAGGAUAUAUUUUUCAAAACGCCGUGACUAACUCCUAGUUAACAAGCACGGACACAUUUCUAGACUGAAUCCUUAAAUAGAUUCACAGCGAACAACUGAUAGAACUAGGUAAGGGAUUUGUAAUUUGAAAUGUAGCUUAGUUUAAAAUGAGUUUGUCUUAUUGUACAGAAUUGAUAAGUUCUUUAGAAUAAAUCAGU